AUGAAUAAACUCUUGUCUUUGGCAUUAACUUCCACGCUGCUGGCCACCUCGGCUACAAGCGCAGCAACCACAGACAAAUGUCACGAUCACUUCAACCCUGCCUGCUAUGAUGCUGCCAAUGUUAUCGAGCGUGAGGUUGCCAUUAUCGGCGGAGGCUCAUCUGGUACCUUUGCCGCCAUCACGCUCAAGGACAUGGGAAAAUCGCUGGUUGUGGUCGAGAAACAGGAUCGUCUCGGCGGCCAUGUUUUGACUUACACUGACCCUGCGAGUGGCACUCACAUCAACUAUGGUGUGCGGUUGUUUGAGAACACAACAACAACUUUCCACUUCUUCAGCCGUCUCAACGUCUCCAUGGUACCUUUUACUAUUGGAGGGCCUGGUCCAGCUUACGUUGACUUUACAACUGGUAAAAAGCUGGAAGGGUUCACGCCCAGUCGAAACUUCUCGGCGUACAUGUCCCUGCUUGACAAGUACCCUUAUCUUGUGGCCGGCAAUGGUUUCCAGCUUCCAACACCCGUGCCAGAGGACCUCUCCAUGGCAUUCGGCAACUACAUCAAAAAGUACAAUCUUCAAGACGUCGCCUAUUCCAUCUGGGCUGACCCAUCGCUUGGAGACGUUGGUGAUCUCUUCACUCUGCCGGCCGCGUACGUUUUGAAGGCCCUCAGCAAAAUUGUUCUUACACAGGUGUCUACCCCCGGCAAGACACUUACCUCUCCCACGGGCAAUAAUCACGAAGCAUGGACGAAUGCCCAGGCUGAGCUCGGAUCCAACGUCCUCCUCUCGUCUACUGUAGUGGACGCCAAGAGACCUGCUAAGGGCGGGUGUAUCCGAGUUGUAGUGCAGACACCAACCGGCCGUAAACUCAUCAAGGCAUCAAGGAUUCUCUUUACAGCAGCCGAGUCCCUCGACAAUCUCCGACCAUUUGCACUCGACAAGACUGAAAAGGCAGUCUUCAGCCAGCUCGAGUACACGGGAUUCUACUCCGGGCUCAUCUCCGGCAGCGGCCUCUCUGACACCGCCGGUCUUCAGAACGCCGCCACUGCAAGCGAGGGCUACCAUAUUCCCCAGGUUCCUAACGCGAUGCAUUUUUAUCCUACCGGGGUUCCUGGGCUUCAGUCGUUCUGGUACGAGAGCAAGACUCCCCAGAGCGACGACCAGGUGAAGGGCGCAUUGGUGGCCACAAUUGGCCGGUUGACCAAGUCUUCCACCGCAAAUAUUAAGUUCGUCACGUUCGCCAAUCAUUCUCCUGGUAUUUUGUAUGCUCCUGCAAAGCAGAUCCAGGCCGGGUUCUGGAACCAGAUGAAUGCUCUUCAGGGUUAUAGGGGCAUGUACUACACCGGAUUAUUGUUUGAGCCGUCCUCGGCCGGCAUUUGGGAAUUUACCCUGAAACUGAUCAAUAAAUGGUACUCUUAG